AUAAAUCCUAACUCACACAACGAGUGAAACAAGAAACACCUUUUUCUAAUCUUCUGUUAGGUUUGGCAAUGGAUCUAGCCAAACACACAACACUCCAAAUGUUGGGAUGCAUACUCCUUGCAUCACUCGUACUAACUAUGGCUCAACCUCCUGGCUUGACUAAGCCAAGCCAUGCAACUUGUAAGAUCAAGAAGUACAAACAUUGUUACAACUUAGAACAUGUUUGUCCCAAGUUCUGCCCUGACACUUGUCAUGUCGAAUGUGCUUCUUGCAAGCCCAUAUGUGGUCCUGCUUCCCCUGGGGAUGAUGGCGGAGACACUCCUCCUGCUCCGGUUCCACCUGUUUCACCACCACCUCCAGUCACGCCUACUCCUUAUCCUACUCCCACUCCUAUGCCUCCGGCACCUGUUUCACCACCUCCUCCCGCACCUGUUCCGCCAGUUUCCCCACCUCCUCCGGCUCCUGUUCCGCCAGUUUCUCCACCACCUCCUACUCCUACACCUUCUGUGCCAAGUCCUACUCCUCCAGUUUCACCUCCACCUCCUACUCCUACACCAGCUGUGCCAAGUCCUACCCCACCUUCUUCACCACCACCUCCCACUCCCACUCCCACACCAGCUGUGCCAAGCCCAACUCCACCUUCUUCACCACCACCUCCGACUCCCACACCAGCUGUGCCAAGUCCUACACCUUCUGUGCCAAGUCCUACUCCACCAUCUUCACCACCACCAGCUGUGCCAACCCCUCCCAGUGUUACUCCCACUCCCCCAACACCGGCUGUACCAAGUCCCCCCAACGUCACCCCCACUCCUCCUACCCCAUCCGUUCCAAGCCCCGGUACUCCCACCGCACCACUCCCUCCAUAUUCCCCACCCGCGACCCCUACUCCCUCCGUUCCAAGUCCCACUCCCACACCUCCGUUGUCCCCAACUCCUCCUGGAUCUACUCCAGCAACCCCAACUCCCUCCGUCCCAACUCCUCCUGGAUCUACUCCAGCAACUCCAACUCCUUCCGUCCCUGUUCCAAGUACUCCAAACUCUCCUCCUUACGUUCCCCCAUCAUCUCCCACACCAACCCCACCAUCAGACGGGGAGGCAGGAGCAGGAGUCAGAAGGGCGAGGUGUAAGAAGAAGGGCUCUCCUUGUUACGGAGUUGAAUACAGUUGCCCCGCCGCUUGUCCCCGUUCCUGUGAAAUAGAUUGCGUCACUUGCAAGCCUCUUUGCAAUUGUGACAAGCCAGGAUCGGUUUGUCAAGACCCACGUUUCAUCGGAGGAGACGGUCUCACCUUUUACUUCCACGGCAAGAAAGACUCCAACUUCUGCCUCAUCUCCGAUCCUAACCUUCACAUCAACGCACAUUUCAUCGGUAAACGCAGACCCGGUAUGGCACGUGACUUCACGUGGGUGCAAUCCAUUGCUAUCCUCUUUGGCACUCACCGUUUCUACGUCGGAGCUCUUAAAACCGCCACGUGGGACGAUUCAGUUGACCGUAUCUCCGCCUCUUUCGACGGAAAUGUUAUCUCGCUUCCUCAGCUAGACGGUGCCACGUGGACUUCUUCCCCAAGUGUUUACCCUCAGGUCUCGGUCAAACGAGUCAACGCUGACACUAACAAUAUCGAGGUUGAAGUAGAGGGGUUGCUUAAGAUCACAGCAAGAGUGGUGUCAAUAACAAUGGAAGAUUCAAGAAUUCAUGGGUACGAUGUAAAGGAAGAUGACUGUCUAGCUCAUCUCGACUUAGGAUUCAAGUUCCAAGACCUUAGCGACAAUGUUGACGGAGUUUUAGGACAGACUUAUAGGCCUAACUACGUUAGCAGAGUCAAGAUUGGAGUCCACAUGCCUGUGAUGGGUGGUGACAGGGAAUUCCAGACCACAGAACUUUUUGCACCUGACUGCUCUGCCGCAAGGUUCACUGGUAACAGAGGAAGAAACGGUGGCUGGGGCAAAAUGGAGCUCCCUGAGAUGAGUUGUGCCAGUGGCGUAGGUGGCAAGGGAGUGGUUUGCAAGAGAUAGAUGGUUCUUUGCUCUAAACUCUAUUACUACUUACUAAUAAUAUGCUAAGUGGUAACUAUAAUAUCAUAACAACAAAUUUGCAACACGAAUUUUAUUUUUUUAUGUAAUAAUCAUAUCAUUGAGAAAGCUUUUCCUUAAGGAAAUAUGUAAUGGUAUAAAUGUAAUUUAAUGAUUCUUGAACUA